UAGUACAAAUUAAGCUAGAGACUUCAUAUUUGUGUUGAGUGCAAAAUGAAGAUCAUAUCUUCACUGGAUUCCCUCUUCUCUCCCCAAAAAUUUCAUCACACUAUCCAGAAAUCGCGGAUCGGCUGCCAUCAACAAUUGCGGAGUAUGCCAGUUCGUUUCUUCAUCAACCACCAACUAUCAUGGAAAACAAAAGUUUCAACGAACCGACAUUGUUGGAACAAGAAGCUGAUCAACUGCAACAUGAGUACCACCUUGAACGAACUCAGAGAUGAUCAAACCACAGUUAGACGCUGUGCUAACUAUGGUCCAACCAUUUGGAAAUAUGAAUACAUACAGUCGCUUAACAGCAACUAUGUGGGAGAACACUAUGAGAUGAAGGCAGCAAAGCUGAAAGAAGAAGUGAAACUAAUGAUGCUAGAAAAGAUGGAGACCCCAUUCCAGAAAUUAGAGCUCAUUGACACAGUCAAAAGACUUGGAGUGUCUUAUCACUUUGAGAAAGAGAUAGAGGGUUGUUUGGAUGCAAUAUACAAUGAAACAAAUUGGUCAAGUGAAGACGCAGUUGAUUUAAAUGAAACUUCUCUCAGAUUCAGACUCUUCAGACAGCAUGGUUAUAAUGUUUCUAUAGAUGUGUUUGAUAAAUUUAUAGACCAAAAUGGGAAUUUCAAGAAGCAUUUGUCUGAAGAUACUGUGGGAUUAUUGUCUUUGUACGAGGCCUCAUUUCUUGUGGUAGAGGAAGAGAGUAUAUUAGAUGAAGCGAGAGAUUUUUCUAUAAAACACUUAAAACAAAACUUGAAGAUAAUAAAUAAUUCAAAUUUGGCCAUGUUGGUGAAUCACGCACUCGAGGUUCCACUCCAUUGGGCGAUGCAAAGAUUCGAGGCAAGGUGGUUCAUAGAUGUGUAUGGAAAGCAAGAAGAUGUGAAUAUCACCCUCCUCAAUUUUGCUAAGUUGGAUUUCAACAUUUUGCAAGCUAUACAUCAAGAAGAACUUAAACAUGCUUCGAGAUGGUGGGAGAACUUAGGAUGGGACAAACAAAUGCCAUUCAUGAGGGACAGAUUGGUAGAAUGUUACCUAUGGUCCUUGACGGAGGUGUGCGAUCCACGAACUGAAUCCCAAUACUACAGAAGGAUGUCCACAAGGGUCAACCAACUGGUCACAAGCAUUGAUGAUAUUUAUGAUGUAUAUGGCACUUUGGAUGAACUCGAGCUCUUUACUAAUGCUUUUCUCAAGUGGGAAGUGAAUCUUGUCAAAACAUUGCCAAACUAUAUGAAGAUAUGUUUUCUAGGUAAUCUGAACUCUGUCAAUGAAUUGGGUUAUGAGGCUCUUAAGCAUGCCGGAGUCAACGCACUUCCAUAUCUCAUCAAAUCGUGGAAAGAUUUAUGUGGUUGUUAUAUGAAAGAAGCAAGGUGGUUCCAUGAGGGGCAUGUGCCUUCUCUUGAUGAGUAUUUGAACCAUGCAUGGAUGUCUGGUGCAAUUCCUGUGUUGGCUAUUCAUGGAUAUUUCCUUUGUGCUUCUACUUCCAAUAAUCCCAUCACUGAAGAGGGCUUGGAAGCAAUUAAAAACUAUCACGAUAUCAUCAAAUGGUCUUCCAUGGUCGGUCGCCUAGUAAAUGUUGGCAACUUCCAAGAAAGAAUUGGAACGAGGUGAUGUACACAAAUCGGUGCAACUAUAUAUGCAUGAAACUGGUGCCUCGGAAGAAGAAGCUCAAGAACAUAUUAAAUGGCUAAUUAGAGAGGCAUGGAAAAAGAUAAACACAACGCGAGCUAUGCCCAACUGCCCUUUUGAUAUGAAGUAUAUGGAUAUAGUAACAAACAUUGCGAAGGCAGCUCAGUAUAUGUAUCAAUAUGGAGAUGCACACGGGCAUAAUAUUAAAGGAAAAAAUAAGGAUCGAGUUAAUUUGCUCCUCUUCGAGCCAAUUCCUCUUUCCUUUAAUUGAUAUUAUAUGUCAGUUGAUAUUAAUGUAUUCAUCUAAAUUCUCAAUAUUGUGUGGUUAUUUAGUGUGGAGAGGCAAAAACAUACCAAAGUCAUCUUGUGAGAAUAAUAUUUAAUUUACUUA